GUUUGUUUUUUAGGGUUCUCGAAAUUUAUAAAAAAGGAACCUUUAUUAUUUAUUUCUCUAAUGUGGGUCAUAAUUUUAGCGCCGCAAUUGUUUACACUUUGUCGUAUAUAAUCAUCAUUGGUCUCACCUUUUUAGUGAGAUUUUAUAUGUGUAUGUAAUAUACAUAGGCAUAUAUGUAUGUAUGUAUGUUUGUUUUAGGAUAUUUAAGUGAAUCUUUAGUUGGGACAGAAAAAAGUUCGCAUUUUUCUGAGAUAGUAAGAAGCUGGGCUAUUGGGAUUUAGUGUUGUUGUGAAAGUAGUAUUUUUGUUAAAUAGUUGUGUAUGGGCGAGAUCGAGGGAUGGUCACAGAUGGGUGGUGGUGGGCGUUUGUUGUUGCCGAAUGGGCUAUUGCCCAAUGCUGGUCCAUUGAUAGAGAGUUUAGAUUCAGAUAGAUGGUUAAAGGCUGAGGAGAGAACGGCCGAGCUUAUUACUCGUAUACAACCAAAUCAGCCGUCUGAAGAGCGUAGAAAUGCUGUUGCUGAUUACGUGCAACGGCUUAUUAUGAAGUGUUUUCCCUGUCAGGUUUUUACAUUUGGGUCGGUACCUCUUAAAACGUAUCUACCUGAUGGGGAUAUCGACUUAACUGCCUUCAGCAACAAUCCAAACUUGAAAGAUUCAUGGGCUAGAGAAGUUUGUGAUUUGUUAGAGACAGAGGAGAAGAAUGAGAAUGCAGAAUUUCAUGUUACGGAAGUGCAAUAUAUUCAAGCAGAAGUGAAGAUUAUAAAGUGUCUCGUGGAGAAUAUUGUGGUAGAUAUUUCCUUUAAUCAGCUCGGAGGACUUUGUACACUUUGCUUUCUAGAGGAGGUUGACAAUCUGAUAAACCAGAAUCAUUUGUUUAAGCGUAGCAUUAUAUUGAUUAAAGCUUGGUGUUACUACGAGAGUCGUAUUCUUGGUGCUCAUCAUGGACUUAUAUCAACUUAUGCCCUUGAGACCUUGGUUCUUUACAUAUUCCAUGUCUUCAACAAUUCCUUUACGGGUCCUCUUGAGGUGCUUUAUCGUUUUCUAGAGUUCUUCAGUAAUUUUGAUUGGGACAACUUCUGUGUUAGCUUGUGGGGUCCUGUACCCAUAAAUUCACUUCCAGAUGUAACUGCGGAACCACCUCGGAAGGACAGUGGAGACUUGUUGCUUAACAAAGUGUUUCUUGAUGCUUGUAGCUCUGUCUAUGCUGUCUUUCCAGCUGGUCAGGAUAAUCAAGGCCAACCUUUUCUUUCCAAAUAUUUUAACGUUAUUGAUCCACUGCGUGUGAGUAACAAUCUUGGACGAAGUGUCAGUAAAGGUAACUUUUUCAGAAUACGUAGUGCUUUUGCGUAUGGGGCCGAUAGGCUGGCAAGAUUACUUGAUUGCCCAAAGGAAAAUCUCGUUGCGGAAGUAAAUCAGUUUUUCACCAACACAUGGGACCGCCAUGGGAAUGGUAAUCGUCCUGAUGUACCAGUUACCAAUUCAUUGACUUUUAAACUGUCAACUGAUGCUCCAGUUAGGGAUUCGAGUGGCAAGAAGUUAGAGACUGACCAUACUCAUUCUAGCAAUUAUCAGUCAAGUUCACCCAAAACUAACGUUGUCACUGCAGUUCAUGCUAACAAAAAUCAACGGAACUUGAAAUUGGGCCAGUUGGUCAAUGACAUUCAAAGGUCUCCAUUUGCUAGAACACGAUCGAGCCCUGAACUAACCGAUACAUAUAAAUAUGUUCCUUUUCAAGAGACCCGUAACAAACUGCCCGAAACUGAAAAAAAUCGCAAUAGGAGGAAAAAUGUUGAAGCUGAUAGCGAGAAAAAUGAGCCUUCAUCGUUAUCCCAUGCUCAACCUCAUCAAAGUUUUGAGCCUACAAUUGAAUCAAAUAUGUAUCAUCGUGAAGAUAUGCAUCAAAAGGAGCAAGAUCUUGUGAACAUGAUGGCAUCUUAUACAUUUCAUGGGUUCAACGGGCCAGUAAAUUUAGCAUCGGGUCAUUUACCUUUCCCAAUGUCUCCAUCUUUUCUAUCUUCAUUAGGAUACACACAAAGAAAUAUGGCCGGAAUGAUUCCCACAAAUAUGCCUUUUAUUGAUCCUCAAUUCUCAGGUAUGCAGUUUCCUCACAGUUUGUUUCCUCAUUACUUUUCGGGGGUUGGAAUGAACUCAAAUUCUGAAGAUUUGGUUGAUCCUCUUAACGAAAAUAAUGUCAGUAGUAUGGAAAUGAAGUCCGGUGAUGAUAAUAAUCACGACUUGUGGCGUGAACCUGAUCGUGUGAACCCGGAAUUUGUUCCACAAGAUGAUGUAAAAUCUCAAUCAUCUUCUACUGGAAUGAAUUACGUGCCACCACCUCGUCGUGUUGGUGGUUCUGGCGGGCUGGUGAGAAGUCAACAAAGGAAUAACAAGGAUAAACGUGACCGAUUGCAAGACAAUCUUCAUUCGGAUCAUUCCCAAUAUCAAGAAUUUAAAGUAAAUGAUGCUUAUUUAGAUGAACGAGCCUCGAGUUCAAGAUUCUCGUCUGCUGCUCAUAGUAAUUCCCUAAGAAGUAAAACAUCUUCUGAGAGUUCGUGGGAUGAAACAUCAACAGUCAACAAGUCAACGAAGGAAAAACGAGGUAAGAAAACAGCUAACAUCUAUACGGAGUCUGAGGAUGAUGAUCAGGACUGGGUCCCGGUCACACCGAUGAAUUUGGGUUCUGAGUUGGUACCGAACCAACUCAAACAAGUUCUGCCAAGGCCAAACAGGAAUAAUACGGAACCAGCUCAAACAAGUGGUUCAGGUUCCGUUAUCCCGAUGGCUCCAAUGAUUAUUGGGUCUAAUCCAAGACAACGCUUGGACAAUUCUGGGGGACCGCCCUUGACCUUUUAUCCCACCGGGCCACCUGUUCCAUUCUUUACGAUGCUUCCGUUUUAUAACGUUCCAUCAGAAAAUGGAUCAUCAGCUGCACCAGCUAGCCAUGUUGAGAGUGCUGAGAAUGGUGAUAUUGGUCAAAGUUUUCAUCCUGAAGGAGUUGAGCAAUCAGAGGACUUCAGUUUGCGAGGGGCAACUGCUGGUGAGUCACCAGAUGAAUCCAACUCUGAUAUUCUAAAUAGUGAUUUUGCUAGCCAUUGGCAGAAUCUACAGUUUGGUCGGUUUUGCCAGAGUCCACGUCAAAAUGGGCCCAAUGUAUAUCCAUCACCCGUUAUGGUACCGCCAGCUUAUUUACAGGGUCGUGUCCCUUGGGAUGGGCCUGGAAGACCACUGCCCAACAUGAACCUUGUCACACAGCUCAUGAAUUAUGGACCACGUCUCGUUCCUGUUGCACCUCUUCAGUCUGUUCCCAAUAGACCUAAUGUUUAUCAGCAAUAUGUGGAAGAUAUGCCAAGAUAUCGUAGUGGUACUGGCACGUAUCUGCCAAACCUUAAGGUUGGUGUUAAGGAUCGUCCUCGCAGAGGGAACUAUAACUAUGAUAGAAGUGAUAAUCAUGGUGAAAGAGAAGGCAACUGGAACGUUAAUUCAAAAUCACGUGGUUCUGGCCGUAACCAUAGUCGUAAUCAAAUUGAUAAAUCAACCACCCGUUUGGGUUCUAGCGGGAGUCGGUCAUUGAAUUCACAGAGAUAUGAUUCCAUUUCAAGUCAAAAUGGUCCUGGCAAUGUUACUUAUGGUAUGUAUCCUUUGCCAGCUUCUGGAGUCCCGCCGAUUGGGUCAAACGGUACUGCUGUUGUGAUGGUAUAUCCAUUUGAGCAAAAUGGCGGUUUUGCUUCGCAGAAUGAGCAGUUUGAGUUUGGUUCUUUCGGAUCUGCAGGUUUUCCUGGUAAGAAUGAGCAGUCACCAAGGAGUGAGGGAGGUCGUGAACAUAGGAUACAUGGGGCAUCUGUUCAGCGGUCUUCACCAGAUCAACCGUCGUCACCCCAUCAUCAAAGGAGAGUAUAAUUUUCUUUACACCACCUGUUGCUCAAAAUCGUUCACCGGACAAGACACAUUUAGAUUCACAAAAGGUGAGUUAUCGGAAGUUUACAAAGAAGCGGCUCCUGAUAUUUGUGAAAGGGCCAUCUGUACUCACUGGUCAGUUGUGCAAAUUUUAGGUUGUAGCUUGUGGUCUAGCAAGCACGCUGUGGUUUUAUGUAAAAGUAUGCUCAAGGGAGGUUGCCAUGUGGAAGAGAUUUCUUGUUCUUGUUGUCCGUUAUCGACUUACAGGGGCGACCUCGGCAAAAUAUGUAGCUUUAACUCAAUUACAACUUUCUGGGAUGUAGAACUUUGUAGGGCUCUACCUGGUUUUACAAUUGUUACCCCAUGUUUUCUACUGAUGAUGGUUAGGGUUUUUAGUACAGAAAAACACGUACCAAUUUCCAUGGACCUUUUGUCAUGUAGCAUUUAUAAUUAAUGAUAUGAUAGAAUUUACGUCA